GUUCGGACUUUUAUUGUGAAGGCAGGUACAUACAGCUACCGGAAAAGAUUCCGCGCCAAACACAGUAGUGGGGGCUGGACUACCCGUAAAGUCGGUUCAUUGCCAUAAAACAUAAGCUUUAGUUUAGAUAAAUGUACCUGCCCGCCAAAACUUGUUGCUCAAGUUAAAUACUAUCGGUUGUCGUCUUUCGGACUGUUAGCUUAGUGUCGCCAGCAGCAACGCUUUGUGACGUUAGCGCUGGUCCCGACAACAAGCAGAAUGGAUCCUGAACGUAGCCCAAAUAGUUCAGACGAAGUGACCGCCACGCCAGACCAACAGAACCCCAAAUACCAAAGGAGUCUGAGGAGCCUUCAUACGCUCACCACGAGGUUUGUCAGCAUGUUACAACAAGCCGAUGGCGGUGUGCUGGACCUCAAACAGGCUAUCGGUGUCCUGGCUGUUGGACAGAAAAGGCGAAUCUAUGACAUCACGAAUGUGCUGGAGGGUGUUGGUUUAAUCUCAAAAAUCUCCAAGAGCACUGUAAAGUGGAAGGGUACAAUGCCAGGAGAAAAUGCACACGGGUCAAACGACAGACUGAUGGAGUUGAAGUAUGAGCUGGAGGACUUGGAGCAGAAAGAAUGCAUGUUAGACCAGCAGAAAUCCUGGGUUGAACAGAGCAUUAGGAACACAACAGAAGACUGCAACGAUCUGACCUAUGUGAAUCAUGAAGACAUCUGCAACUGCUUCAGUGGCCAUAAUCUCUUGGCAGUACGAGCACCAUCUGGCACACAGCUAGAUGUUCCCAUUCCCAAAGCUGUCCAGAACAGCCCAGCAAAGUAUCAGAUCCAUCUGAAAAGCAUCAAUGGACCAAUAGAUGUUGUACUUCUUAACAAACUCUCUGUCAGCUCGGUUCCUUUCGCAUUGCCAGUCCCACCGCCAGAAGAACUUUUACUGAACGCCAAACCAGCCAUGUCCACUUCAGUUGAGACAGAAAGCAGCAUCGCCCCAUGUCAGGCUUCAGCUCAUGCCAAAUAUGGCACCAAAUCUAAACGGACGGACACGGAGGACAUGCGACAGCACCUUCGGUCAUCAUGUAUGAAGGCUCAAAGAACUAAUGCGUCUGAAUAUUUAGCAAAGGAACUGCGGGACCUACUCCACCCAAGCAAAGAGGUAAUGAAAGCAGAUCUGAUCACAAAGCUUAUGUCCUCUGAAGUUUUUUCUCCACUCCAUCGUUUAUCUCCGCCUCCGUCCGACCGUGAAUAUGUCUACAAUCUGGAAGAGACUGAAGGCUUUCUGUGUCCUCUUUGACAUCCCUGUGCUCGAUGUUUGACCAUGUGUUUGAAAUGUGUUGAGGACUUUAAAAAUAAUCAUUCGUAAAUGUACAUAGUUGUCUGUUUUUAAAGUUAUUUGAUUAUGACAAAUAAUAAACAAAUUAUUUUAAAUAUAGUGUCUACCACACACACACACACACACACACACACACACACGUAUACAUAUAUUUCACAUGAGAAUUUAACUUUUUGGUACUAGAAUAAUCAUUUAAUAAUUCAAUCACUAAAUCAAUUGUGUAAUGAACAUAGAAACGUAUCUUUUUAGAUAAAACGGAUAUUGAUAAAGUUUUCCUUUGGGGCAAUAAUUUGAAGUUGGAAAAUAAUGUAAUAAAAUGCAAUAUAUUUAAAAUCGCAUUA